AUGCUUGGACAAGAGAAUUGUCUCCUUAGAUCACCAUUCUUGCUAUGUAUAUUCAUUGGCCUCUUGGUGCAUUCUGUUGUGGGAGCUGAGAUUCCCCUGGGUUCCAAACUUUCUGUGGUUGACAAUGAUUGUUGGGUUUCCUCCAAUGGUGAUUUUGCAAUUGGAUUCUUCAACAUUUCAGAUCAACCUAAUCAGUUUAGUAUUGGAAUUAGAUUCAAUUCCAAGUUUAUACCAUAUAGCCAACAAACUAUGGUUUGGGUUGCUGGGGGUGAUGUCACAGUUGGUAACGAGUCCUACUUUGAACUCACUCAGCAAGGGGAACUGGUCCUGUUUGAUUCCUUGCAUGAAGCUUCUGUUUGGACCACCAAAACGGGUAACGGAUCUGUAGCUUCGGCUUCACUUCUUGACAAUGGAAAUCUUGUUCUAAUGGAUAAAGAGCAACACAUCGUUUGGCAAAGUUUUGAGACUCCGUCUGAUACACUUCUCCCAGGACAAAGUUUAUUUGCUAAUAAAAUGCUUCGUGCUGCACCUGCAAGCAAAAAUAGCAAGUCCAGUUACUAUAGCCUUCACAUGAAUGCUUCUGGUCAUUUGGAGCUACAUUGGGAAAGUGAUGUUAUAUACUGGACAAGUGAAAACCCUUCUUCUGGUUCGAAUCUCAGUGCUUUCCUUACAACCAGUGGAGCUCUAGAACUUCGAGACCGAAGCUUAAAACCUGUUUGGUCUGCAUUUGGGGAGGAUCACAAUGAUUCUGUGAGUUACAGAUAUCUUCGGCUCGAUGUGGAUGGAAAUCUUCGCUUAUAUUCGUGGGUUGAAAGUUUAGGAUUGUGGAGAUCAGUCUGGCAAGCUGUUGAGAAUCAGUGCAAGGUCUUUGCAGCAUGUGGUCUGCUUGGUGGUGUCUGCGUGUUCAAUGCCUCGGGUUCUGCUGAAUGCAAAUGCCCGUUUGAGGUAACUGGGGGUAACAAAUGUUUGGUUCCAGCUGAACAAGAGUGUGCAUCUGGCUCCAAUAUGAUAGCAUAUAAGAACACAUAUUUGUAUGCAUUCUACCCUCCUCAUAAUCCUGUUGUCACAAGUAGUUUGCAGCAUUGUGAACAGUUGUGUCUGAAUGAUUCACAGUGUACGGCUGCAACUUUUUCCAACGACGGAAUUCCACAAUGCUCUAUAAAGAAAACUGGGUAUGUGACUGGUUAUUUAGAUCCAUCAGUAAACUCAAUAUCAUUUGUUAGGAGAUGUUCAGGUCCAUUUGCUGUAAAUCCAAGUCUCACAAAGUCUCCUCCUUCCGAAACACCUACUCGGCUGUGUGUUCCUUGCUUAAUGGGGGCUGCCACAGGCACAUUUUGCAUCUUUGUUAUUCUCCAGUUGGGAAUUGUGUGCUUCAUGUACAGAAGAAAAAACUCUACCAGGCAAAAGGCCACUUUAGCUUUCCAAGGUACAAACUCCAAGGGUUUAAUUGCGUUGUCCUUCUCAGAAAUCAAGAGCCUUACAGGGGAUUUCAAGAAUCAAAUUGGGCCAAAGGUGUUCAAGGGUAUGCUACCAAACAAUCACCUGAUUGCACUAAAAGACCUAAACGCGACCAUGGAAGAAAGGAAAUUCCGAAGUGCUGUUAUGAAGAUGGGUAGCAUACACCAUAAGAACCUUGUAAAACUGGAGGGUUAUUGUUGUGAGUUUGUGCACAGGUUUUUGGUGUAUGAAUAUUGCAAAAAGGGUUCAGUGGACAAGUACAUAGACGAUCCUGCUCUUUGCAGGAUGCUAACAUGGAGAAAGAGAGUUGAAAUAUGCUCAAGUGUGGCAAAAGCCAUAUCUUAUUUGCACUCCGGCUGCAGGGAGUUCAUAAGCCAUGGAAAUUUGAAAUGUGAAAAUGUUAUGCUGGAUGAAAACUUGGGGGCCAAGGUGACCGAAUUUGGGUUUGCUAUUGCAGAUGGCAAGGCAACAUAUUGUGGCUUUUCAGCUGAGAAGGAUGUAGAGGAUUUUGGCAAGUUAGUUUUAACCUUAUUAACCGGGUGUCGCGAUCAUGAACACGUUGAACAUUGUGAGUGGGCAUAUAAAGAAUGGAUGGAAGAGAGGGUGUUCAAUGUGGUUGAUAGAAGAAUGGAAGGAGGUUACAAUUCAGAGGAACUGGAGCGUGUGUUAAGAAUUGCAUUUUGGUGCCUUCAAAUGGAUGAACGCAGGAGACCUUCCAUGGGGGAGGUAGUGAGAGUAAUUGAUGGUACAUUGAGUGUUGAUCCUCCACCACCUCCUUGUGCCUUUCAGAGGCCCUUGCAGGUUGAUGAUUCACAAGAAAAUGUUGCAGAUUUGGAAGUGUAG